GGGUGCGGAUGGUGACACAUGGGGUAUUUUGGGGCAUUGACGUCAUCUCUUUCCUCCCGAAUGCCCUCUUCGCGGCUCUGUCACUCCUGCCAUCUUCCACCUGGACGGCUGUGACCUUCCUUGCUUCUCAGGAGAAGAGGCGCAGGUGUGAAAUGGCUUCGGACAUCCCUGGGUCGGUGACGUUGCCUGUUGCCCCGAUGGCCACUGGACAGGUGCGGAUGGCGGGGGCCAUGCCCGCCCGUGGAGGCAAGCGCCGUUCCGGGAUGGACUUUGACGAUGAAGACGGGGAAGGACCCAGCAAAUUUUCCAGGGAGAACCACAGUGAGAUCGAGCGGCGGCGGCGCAACAAGAUGACCCAGUACAUCACGGAGCUGUCGGACAUGGUGCCCACGUGCAGCGCGCUGGCCCGGAAGCCGGACAAGCUGACCAUCCUCCGCAUGGCCGUGUCGCACAUGAAGUCCAUGAGGGGCACCGGCAACAAGUCCACCGACGGCGCCUACAAGCCGUCCUUCCUGACGGAGCAGGAGCUGAAGCACCUCAUCCUGGAAGCAGCCGAUGGCUUUCUGUUUGUAGUGGCGGCAGAGACGGGACGGGUGAUUUACGUGUCUGACUCCGUCACCCCCGUGCUGAACCAGCCCCAGUCAGAGUGGUUUGGGAGCACCCUGUACGAGCAGGUGCACCCCGACGAUGUGGAGAAGCUGAGAGAGCAGCUGUGCACCUCAGAAAACUCCAUGACAGGCCGGAUCCUGGACCUGAAGACGGGGACGGUGAAGAAGGAGGGGCAGCAGUCGUCCAUGAGGAUGUGCAUGGGCUCGCGGCGCUCCUUCAUCUGCAGGAUGAGGUGUGGGAACGCUCCUUUGGACCACCUGCCACUGAACAGGAUCACCACCAUGAGGAAACGGUUCAGGAACGGCCUCGGCCCCGUGAAAGAAGGGGAGGCCCAGUACGCCGUGGUGCACUGCACGGGGUACAUCAAGGCGUGGCCCCCAGCAGGGAUGACGAUACCUGAGGACGACGCGGACGUGGGGCAGGGCAGCAAGUACUGCCUCGUGGCCAUCGGCCGCCUCCAGGUGACCAGCUCGCCCGUGUGCAUGGACAUGAGCGGGAUGUCGGUGCCCACGGAGUUCUUAUCCCGGCACAGCUCGGACGGGGUCAUCACGUUCGUGGACCCCAGGUGCAUCAGCGUGGUCGGCUACCAACCCCAGGAUCUCCUAGGAAAGGACAUUCUGGAAUUCUGCCACUCCGAGGAUCAGAGCCACCUGCGCGAGAGCUUCCAGCAGGUGGUGAAACUGAAGGGCCAGGUGCUGUCGGUCAUGUACCGGCUCCGCACCAAGAACCGCGAGUGGGUGCUGAUCCGCAGCAGCAGCUUCACCUUCCAGAACCCGUACUCCGAUGAGAUCGAGUACGUCAUCUGCACCAACACCAACGUCAAGCAGCUCCAGCAGCAGCAGGCGGAGCUGGAGGUGCACCAGAGAGAUGGGCUGUCGUCCUACGACCUGGCGCAGGUCCCGGUGCCCAGCCUCCCGGCCGGCGUCCACGAAGCAGGGAAGUCCGCGGAGAAGGCGGACGGCAUCUUCUCCCAGGAGAGGGACCCCCGGUUCGCUGAGAUGUUCGCGGGAAUCAGCGCGUCGGAGAAGAAGAUGAUGACCUCAGCGUCUGCGGCGGGGACGCAGCAGAUGUACUCCCAGGGGAGCCCGUUCCCCCCAGGGCACUCGGGGAAGGCCUUCAGCUCCUCCGUGGUCCACGUGCCUGGCGUGAAUGACAUCCAGUCCUCCUCGUCGACCGGCCAGAACAUGUCCCAGAUCUCGCGACAGCUGAACCAGGGCCAGGUGGCCUGGACGGGCAGCCGGCCGCCCUUUCCAGGACAGCACAUCCCUUCCCAGUCCGGCAAGACGCAGUCGCCCCCCUUCGGGAUCGGAGCGAGCCACACGUACCCAGCAGACCCGGCCUCCUACAGCCCCCUGUCCAGCCCGGCCACGUCCUCGCCCAGCGGGAACGCCUACUCCGGCCUCGCCAGCAGGACCCCGGGCUUCGCCGAGAGCGGACAGAGCAGCGGGCAGUUCCAGGGGCGGCCCUCGGAGGUCUGGUCCCAGUGGCAGAGCCAGCACCACGGGCAGCAGAGCGGUGAGCAGCACCCCCACCAGCAGCCCGGUCAGACUGAAGUGUUCCAGGACAUGCUGCCGAUGCCGGGAGACCCGACCCAGGGGACCGGCAACUACAACAUCGAGGACUUCGCCGACCUGGGCAUGUUCCCGCCCUUUUCUGAGUAGCUGCGGGCAGAGCGCGGCUGGCGCUGGGCCGGUGGCUCUUGUGACAGCGCCACCCUCGCGGGCGGGGCCCACCCGCGCCCUGCUUGCCCCGCCCGCCCCCCUGGCGCCCCCCAGCAGAGAGCGUCUCAGCCCCGCACCCCUCCCCCCUGCAGCGCCUCUCAGCCCCGGCCCCCCGCCCGGUGCCAGCGACCAGGAGCCCCGGUAGACAUGGGGGCCGGUUGUAUUUAUUGUGUCUUAUCUGUUGUGCUUGGGAGGUGAGCCCACGGGCCCUGGGGUCGGCUUGUCAGUAAUCUCCUAGUAGACGGUUUUUGCCUUUGAACAGCUCCGCUGUAGGGUCCAGAUUGAGUCCCCGGGCCUGCCCAGGGCGCAGGAACCGGGCUUCUUCCUGCCUUUGACGUCUGCGGGUGGGUGGGUGCGGGGAAGCGCGGCCAGCGGGACACAGCCCGUGUUCUCCGUACAGACGCCAGCUGGACGCCAGCUCCCUGUCCCCAGCUCAGCCACGCCUGUGUGCGCAUCCAUGGCACCCCUGUCCCCAGCUCAGCCACGCCUGUGUGUCCGUCCGUGGUUCCCCUGUCCCCAGCUCAGCCACGCCUGUGUGUCCGCCCGUGGUUCCCCUGUCCCCAGCUCAGCCACGCCUGUGUGUCCGUCCGUGGUUCCCCUGUCCCCAGCUCAGCCACGCCUGUGUGUCCGUCCGUGGUGCCGUGGGACACGAACCCCUGGCCCUGUGAUGGGGGUGCUGUGCCCCGUGCGUGUCGUGGGGCCAGAACCCAGGCUGCGUGGUGGGCUGGGCCCCGACCGGAGCGGGUGUGGCCCAGGGACCCAGCGCCCGCUCGCUCUAACGGGCCGCUGUCUGGUGCAGACCCCCUUCUGAGGGGAAGCGACUUCUUCCUCUUCCCAGAGCCCCGAGGACCUUGCUCCCUUGGCGAGAACCCCGCCGGCGCCUCGGGGACUGCAGAGCCCCGGGUCCUUGUGUGAGGAGCAAACGGGGAGGCAGGGCACGCGGGCACCCCCAUCCUGUGCCUGCUGCCCCAGGACCAGCCCCAGCGGCCACGUGGCAUCAGUGGCCUUCUCCAGGUGCGGCCCCCGCGUGGAGGCAGGAACGCCUCCCACGGGCCCUGAGCCUUGUCUCCUGGGCCAGCUGAGGGUAGUGGGGUCUGUGAGGGACGGAGGGCAGGUCCACUCUCUCGGGGGCCCUGAACCCCUCAGGUGGUGUCAGGACAGGACAAGAAGAGCCGACUUCUAGAAGCUUCUGCCGGCUGGCUGAGCACAGGUCCCUGGCUGGCUGUUUCCCCGUACUUGCUGACCGCGCCCCCCCCCCCCCCCCCCCCCCCCCCGCCCUGUGCGUGGAGCCAGGCUCUCUGAGCCCCUGUGUCCUUUUCCGGACAGCCAUGCUUCCGGGUGGCCCCACCGUCCCGCUGACUCCCGCCCCCAGAAAAUCCCGUGUCCCUCCCGGGGCCCCUCAGGCACCAGGCGCAGACACGACCCACGCGUCCCUCCCCUGGGAUUCCGGAAGCCAGGCCGAGUGUAGACCGCGCCCAGCGCGCGGGGUGUUCCUGUGACCUCUGCAGGCCGUCUGUCGGGGACCCGCGGGGCCCGUCCUGCCCAGGGAGCUCCGCCUGCAGCUCCGGGUGACCCCGGCUCCCACACCUGGGCUCACACCCGCUCAGCAGCUUUUAGAGCGGCGUUAGCCCUUUUGUACGGCGGUGACUGGAGGGGGGGCUGGCUUUACACACACUGGGGUCGCUUUACCCUCCGAGCCUCCAUGCACCCUAACAGUGCCAGACCCGGGGGGUCUCAGUGCUCGCCCCCCUAGGCCCCCCUGGCCUCUGAGGCCGGCCCCCACCCCGAGCAGUGUGCGCAACGUUUUCCAAGAAAGGCACAAAGGGCCUUUGGCUCCCAGAACGGUUUCUCUGAAAUGAAAACAGACUACCUGUGGCCUGGAGCCUGUGAGUUUGGAAGUUUUGGGGAGUUCAUGUUGGUCCCUUCUGUUUUCUGGAGGGAAUUAGGGUUCCCUGAGUGAGCACGUUAGGGGCACCCCAGCUGUGACCCAGGGCCGCGCUGGACACGAGGAGCCUGACGAAGCAGAGCAGCCUCGCCCCCGGUGGCCUCCGUCCACUUCCGUCAGCACGCAAGGGCCUGGGGUGCAAACGGCCGUGGCCUGGGUCCCCGCAGGCAAGGCCGGAGGUGCCUGAGAGCCGGCGUCGUGGGGAAUGUCGUGACCCCUCCCGCGGGGUCCCGGGGGCACCGACGGGGAGCCCGCUGCAGCCGCUGGGCCGGCCCGGCUCUGCGGCUCCUCUGUUCCACGUGCCGCUCUUUGGCUGUGACACUUGGAGGCUGACACGUGGCCAGUGGACGGGAAGGACCUCGUGCCCAAGGAGCCCUGAGGCAGAGGCCGGGUCAGCGUUCAGGCCUCACAGGGUCUCCCUGUCCCGGUUGGGAACAGAGCCGCCCAGCCAGCAGGGGACCGUGUGGGGACCCCGCUGUCAGCACGGCCUUCAGCCGGCCCCUCUCCCACUGCAGCUGCGGCCCCGCCUGGGCUGGGGCUUCACCGUGACUCGCUCUGUCGCUCGCACUGCCUCUCCUCUGCGAGACCUUCCCGGGCUCUGCUGGGCCGAGCGGGGAGGCCUUCCUCGGAGCAGGCCGGGCCACGGCUGUCAGCGUCUUGCGGGAGGACACAAAGCAGCCACGGCGAGGCUCGCCCGGGACCAGCUGGAGACUGUGGCCGUGGCUAGGGAGGUUCUAGAACAGUCUACCCGCGUGUCACUCCCUAGUUUUGUUUCUGGCUGUUGCCACGUUUCUCCUCUGCUUGCUCCACCUUGCUGUUUGACGAAUGCGGUGCAGAGAGUUGGGGGGCCAGGUUCUCACAGUCGGAACUUGUGUCCGGGAGCUUGGACUUCGCAGCCUGUGAAGGGACCGUGUCUCCCCCGGACCAGCCACACGUGACAUGCGCGACAGUGGCCUGUGCUGGCCGCUGGCCGAGGGAGGGGCAGGCCCCGGGGAAGUGAGCGUGGUCCCACCUGCGUCCCACUUGGGAGCGGGGCCCGGGGCACCACUCCCCUCCCGCCUGCUCCCCGCUGCUUGUGACCCGUCUGCGCAGGACCCAGCCUGUUACCUGCUGCAAGCUCUCGCGGCAACCAGUCAGCACAGAAGCUCCAGAAGCCACGAGUUUGGUCAGUGCUUGCCACGGGGUCCGUUCUCUCUGCCACAUCCUCGCCUCCUGCACUAAGGGGCCUCCAGCCACCUCGCUGUCCGCCUUCACGACAGCCCGGGGUCCGGGCGCCGCGGGGCAGGCACCGUGCACUUCCAGAGUCCUGGCGGGUCUGGUGGCCGAAGCUGUUCUGUGGUCCGGCCCUGGCCAAGGCCCGCGUGGGCGGCCCCGGCCGUGGAGACGACGGGCUGUGGCGGACGGGCGCCGGCUCCUGGGGCAGCCCCGCUCCCCUUCACGGAGGAGGCGCUUCUCCGACGGCGUCCGUGCACGGGUCAAGCACUUAAUUGUUUCUCCUGUAGCCUUUCUUUGGAUGUGAGCCGUGCUGUGUAUUUCUUGAAUGUCCUCUGUGACUAACGGUUAUCGAGUCGGUUGUGUAUAUGUGUAACUAAUGUAACUGCCUUUUAAAAUUUCAUUAUAAUAAAAAUGACUUUGCUCUGAA